AGAACUCAAAGUCACGUGAACAAAAGAGCCGACCAAUCGCAAUCCGCAGCGGAGCAGUAGCGUCAAUAACCGCACGACGUCACUCUAAAGCGCCGGCAGCAAGUCACUUAGAUCUAGCAUCAUCUACAGUGUAACAUACCCCUAGUGAGCGGUUCGGGUGAGAGGACGCCGAUCUCGCGGUGGCCAUGCGCUCCCUCAGCUACGUGCAGCGCGCGGUGCUGGACUUCAGCGGCUCGCUGUUCCCGCACGCGCUGUGCCUGGGGGACGCGGACAACGACUCGCUCAACGAGUUGGUUUUGGGAGACACCGGUGGCAGGCUGCACGUGUACCGCAGUGACCACAGCAAGCCCUGGCUGACCCGCUGCUGCUCCGGCAUGCUGACCUGUGUUGGUGUAGGUGAUGUCUGCAAUAAGGGAAAGAAUUUUGUGGUUGCAGUUAGUGCUGAAGGCUGGUUUCAUCUGUUUGACCUGAGCUCAAAACUGGAGGCUUCAAAUGACCUUACAAUGGGAGAGGACUUAAAAGCCACCUACACACAGCAUCUCCCUGCCAACACUAAGCUUGUCCUUAUAAGUGACAUUGACGGAGAUGGGCGCUAUGAGUUAGUGUUGGGAUACACUGACCGCGUGGUCCGAGCAUUCCGCUGGGAGAGUCAUCCAGAUGCUGAUGUGGCAUGUGGUCAACUUGUGCCAUUGAAGAAGUGGCUGUUGGAGGGACAAGUGGAUAGCCUUUCGGUAAAUCCUGGUGUGGAUGGCUCACCUGAGCUGAUGGUGUCACAGCCAGGUUGUGGCUAUGCAAUACUGCGCUGUACCUGGGGAGAUGAAUCCAGCUUGGGAUCUGAUGAGUCAGUAGUUGCAGAGGCAAGGGAGAUAUCUGCUCGAGAUGUCAUCCUCCACCAAACGUCUGGCCGCAUCCAUAAUAAAAAUGUUUCUACGCACCUCAUUGGAAGUAUAAAGCAAGGACCUGGUGUGGGAAACCGAGAGGCUGGUCUGUUUGCACUGUGCACACUGGAUGGCACCCUGAAGCUAAUGCAAGGCUCUGACAGACUCCUAUGGUCAGUUCAAGUUGAUCAUCAGCUUUUUGCUCUGGAGAAACUAGAUGUGACGGGCAAUGGACAAGAGGAAGUUGUUGCCUGUGCCUGGGAUGGACAAACUUAUAUCAUUGAUCACAACCGCACAGUCCUGCGCUUCCAGGUGGAUGAGAAUGUCAGUGCCUUUUGUGCUGGACUUUAUGCCUGCAGAGGAGGUCAGAAUAGUCCUUGUCUGGUUUAUGUUGGUUUCAACCAGAAAAUUUACGUAUAUUGGUCUGUGACAUUAGAGAGGAUAGAGUCGGCAAACCUUUUGCGAGUCUUGGAGGAAAAUGAAGAGUUUACAUCUCUUCUCAGUGAACUGCAUGUGGAUGUGAAUGAUGUCUCUGCUGUUCGUGAACUGAUACAUCGAACUAUGUAUGUUCCUAAUGAAGAACAUAAACCCUGUGCUGAAAAGAAGGGGACAGACAGUUGGAAUCUGACUACUUAAACAUUUACACUAAAGCCACAUGGCGGCAAUGCAAAAUGCUCAUCCUAUGCUACGUCUGUACAGCAUUCCUAAUGUGCGCAGUAUAUUUCUUAGGAGGAGUGUUUUUAGCAUACUAAGCUAUGCGCAUCAGAAGGAGCACAAGCCUAGAGCAUUAAUGCACUGUACUUACAUCUGUAUUCUGACACACUGGCCGAAGGCCAGGUAGAGAACUUACCGGCCAGCAGUGGUGGCUCCAGAGGUAAGGCUCCAGGGCAGUCCAAAAUUUAACUAGGGGAGCCACACCAUCUGCCAGUGAGUCCUGGCUGGUGGUGUCUGGCAACGUUUUGGGUGGCAGUUGGUUUUGGUCCCCUAUUUGAGUUUUGGUCUGUGUUGCAGCACCACCUCUGCAGCUGCCCCUGCUGCCCAGUAAUUCUAGCAUCUCUUUCUAUGCACCAGCAAAUUACUCACUUCCAGUGUUAAGUGAAGAGGAAGGCAAUGCUGCAUCAGUGGUCUUUAUAAUGACUGCAGCAGAAGUGUAUCAGGCCACCAAUCUGUACUUUUGUCUCAUUUUUGUUAGUUUGCAAAUAUAUGCAUGCAAGUGA